UCAUGUCGCUUUCACAAUUUCUUUUGAUUCAGUUAUUAAUUUUAUUAGUGUGUUUUACUUUCCAAUCGACGGCUACCAAGAAAAAUGUUUUACUUAUUUUGGUUGAUGACUUACGCCAUCUCUCGGACGAAAUGGUCAUUCUACCUAAUGUAAAGAAACUUGUAAACGAGGGUGCUAAUUUCAAAAAUGCAUAUACACAGCAAGCCCUCUGUGCUCCCAGCAGAAACUCAAUGCUGACAGGCCGACGACCAGACUCCCUUCGCCUAUACGAUUUCUACAACUACUGGCGAGACAAAGUAGGCAAUUUUACCACCCUUCCACAAUUCUUCAAAGAUAACGGUUACGAGACUUAUUCCAUCGGAAAGGUGUUCCAUCCAGGGAUAAGUUCAAAUUUUACUGAUGAUUAUCCCUAUAGUUGGUCGCAGCAACCUUACCAUCCUCCGACCGAGAAAUAUAAGGAUGCUGCUGUGUGCAAAGAUGAAGAAACAAAAAAACUUCAAUCCAACCUCCUUUGUCCAGUAAACGUUAGACAUCAGCCAGGAGGAACGUUACCAGAUUUGCAGUCUUUGGGACAUGCUGUAGAUUUUCUUUCAAAUAGGAAUAGCAGUCGGCCAUUUUUUCUGGCAGUUGGAUUUUACAAGCCGCAUAUACCGAUUAAAUAUCCUGAAGAAUAUCUUGCAAGGAUACCAAUAAACAAAGUGAGCCCCCCAAGACACCCAUUCAUGUCUCCUAAUACACCCCUGGUCUCCUGGCAUCCCUGGACAGACAUACGGCGAAGGGACGACAUCGCACGGCUGAACAUAUCAUUUCCAUUCGGCACCAUGCCUUAUGAAUGGUCUCUUAAGAUACGACAGAAUUACUAUGCUGCUGCAACUUAUGUAGAUGAUCUGAUUGGUGAAUUAUUGAGUUAUGUCGAUAGAAGGAAUACUAUUGUCGUUUUGACGAGCGAUCAUGGAUGGUCACUCGGCGAAAAUGGCCUAUGGGCAAAAUACAGCAACUUCGACGUAGCUUUAAAAGUGCCUUUGAUAUUUUCAGCGCCAGGUAUACAUUCAAGGAACAUACAUACGCCUGUCGAGUUGGUAGAUAUAUUUCCUACAUUGGUAGAUCUUAGUGGCUUGUCCCAUAAUAUACCAAAGUGUAAUAAAUUGGAUAAAUCUCUUCUAUGUUUUGAGGGCAAGAGUUUAAAACCGUUUAUGGUGGAUGACUAUACAACAUUUGGAAGCCAUUUUGCAAUAAGUCAGUAUCCCAGACCAAGCGUGUACCCUAAAAAGAAUUCUGAUAAACCACGUCUAAAAUACAUUAAAAUAAUGGGUUACAGUAUAAAAACAAAAAGAUUUCGGUACACAGAAUGGGUUUCCUUUAAUAACACAUUAUUUACAGUUGAUUGGAACAAAUUAUUUGGCUUAGAACUAUACGAUCAUUUAACAGAUCCUGAUGAAUCCAAUAAUCUAUAUUUGGUACAUAAAUAUAAAAAUAUUAAACAAUAUCUUUCUAGAUUGUUAAGAUCACAUGUUAACAGAUAUAAUACGAACUAAAUCUAAGUAUAUUAAAAUAUUUAAUUUAAUAAUAAUUUUAAAAUAUACAUAGUUAUAAUAACCAAAAACCAACACAUAAGCUGUCAAGCUUUUAAGCUGAUCUGGAACUAUUCUGUUUUCAAUACACACAAGAUUUUUCUCACGUCUUAGUACUAAACAAAUAUAUCAAUAAUAACACGUAGAGAUGAACGCACACAAAAUGCGUAUAAAUGAAAUACGUAUACCUAGGUACGAUGAAUGAUAAAUGUUUUUAGUCACAGCACAUAAAAUUAAAUGCAGCAUAUUAAAAAGCAAAUGAAUUUAUCAAAGGUAUAUUUACUGAGAAGUUUUCGUAUCUUCCGGGCUCGGAUACUGUGAUUCAACGUCGUCGACCUUAAAAUAAAAACAUUUCUUUAUGAAACCUUAAUUAUUUAAAUGCUUAUAAAAUGCUGACUUCACAAUAGGCCACAAAAAUAAGGAAUGCAAUUUUUUUUCAAUAAUUAACUGUGUAGACAUUGGUAAAUUAGGAAGACGAACUUCGGAUAUUAUACAUAGAUGAUUCUUACUUCAUAAAUUAAUAUAAAAUAUCUUGAUAGUACGUAAUAAUAAUUAAAGUUGAGUAUAUAGUACGCUAACUAAUCAAUUGACGUAAAACUAAAUAAACCUUUUCAAUACAUUCAUUACUAUUAGACUGAGAGCCCAGGGCUGUCAGUCAUCACCUAUUUAUUUUCAUACAAAAAUCAAGACAGGUAAUUUUUGGACUUUUCCUGUGCCUGUGAUGAAUAUUUUGAUUAAUUUUUCUCUUAAAAAUAUUCAGAUUUUAGCUACCUUCAUAACCCAUACCCUAAGAACACACUCAACUUUCGAAAUCACUCCUAAUGAGAAAAUGAGUAAUGGCUGACGGCCCCCGGCUCUUAAUCUAUUCUAUAUAUCCUCAUAGCUAUACACUGCGAAAGGAAGUAUUUCCAUAAUCCUUAUCACAUUAUAACACAAUGUAUGUAACAGUCAAAGAAAUAGCAACCUUGUAUAUUUAGCAAUUAAGUUGAAAUCAUGAUCACAGGGAUAUUUUAUUAAUUCCAAUGGUGGUAUUUUUAGCUGUUAAAUUCACGCUAGUCUUUUAUUCGAAUUAAGUUGUGACCAAUAACUAUUUUAUUAAAAUUAUUCUACUUUA